AUGCCAGUGAAUCCAGCCCAAAUCAAAGGUCCAAAUGCCUGCCGCACACCGCUCCACAUUCUCACUGUUCCUCCGUCAGUCUGGCCACAAACCCCUCUUUCCUCCCUUUAUCCCGAGCAGGCCUCCUCCUCUCCAGGCCCCGGGCCUCCUCUUCAGGCCUCUUCUCCACACCCCGGGCCUCCUCCUCUCCGGGCCUUGGGGCCUCCUCCUCUCCAGGCCCCGGGCCUCCUCCUCUCCAAGCCCCGGGCCUCCUCCUCUCCGGGCCUGCUUGCGCACACCUCAGCAGGAGAAAGCGCAUUGGUUGUGGAAGGACCUCAGCCUCCUCAGAAGGAUCUCAGCCUCCUCAGAAGGACCUCUACCUCCUCAGAAGGACCUCUACCUCCUCAGAAGGACCUCAGCCUCCUCAGAAGGAUCUCAGCCUCCUCAGAAGGACCUCAGUCUCCUCAGAAGGACCUCAGCCUCCUCAGAAGGACCUCAGCCACCUCAGAAGGACUUCAGCCUCCCCAGAAGGACCUCAACCUCCCCAGAAGGACCUCAGCCUCCCCAGAAGGACCUCAGCCUCCCCAGAAGGACCUCAGCCUCCUUAGAAGGACCUCUACCUCUUCAGAAGGACUUCAGCCUCCUCAGAAGGACCUCAGCCUCCCCAGAAGGACCUCAGCCUCCUUAGAAGGACCUCUACCUCCUCAGAAGGACCUCAGCCUCCUCAGAAGGACCUCAGUCUCCUCAGAAGGACCUCAGCCUCCUCAGAAGGGCCUCAGUCUCUUCUCAGAAGGACCUCAGUCUCCUCAGAAGGACCUCAGCCUCCUCAGAAGGACUUCAGCCUCCUCAGAAGGACCUCAGCCUCCUUAG